AGAGAGAGAGAGAGAGAGAGAGAGAGAGAGAGAGUAUUAGUAACGGGAGAGCAGCUGGGAGGCUGCCGUUAAGAGAUCAGCCAUGCUUGGAGGCAUCUUCAAAGAUUUGUUGGUCACAGUGACUCUACUCUUUCUAACUCAGACAUGGACUCAGUGCAGGGCUGAAGUUGAUUUUUCAUUAGUUACUUUACCAGAUUGGAGAAAAAAUGCAGAGUAUGGUACACAGUGUUCCUACGACGGACAUAACAAUCAGAUUUGUGACUGGACCCAACUAAGAACAGAGGAUGUGACUAUUUUAGAGAGCGGCCCACUGGUGCUGGAGGGCAAAGCCUGUCUAGAGUUUUGGUAUUUAGCCCCCGUGGCAGCUUAUGGGACAGCACUCAGCACUCUGCUGAAGAGCAGCACGGGCCUGAGAGAAAUCUGGACCUCACCUGUCCUCCCCAGGGAUUCUUGGAGACAAGUGUUUGUCCCCUUGAACAUCAUCGAACCAGGGACUCAGGUUGUAAUCAAAGCAGUGUCCACGGAGGGACAGUUCACAUUUAAUCAUCUAGGUGUAAGAAGAGGCUCAUGUGGACAACAGUGUGAUUCUAACACAGAGUUUUGGACAGAUGAGUCCACUCGCUGCCUCUGUUCUGGGGGCCAGCUCUCCUGCUCUCCCACUCAGUGCCCUAAGGGCCAAAUCUGCAGUCCUCAAAUAGAAAGAUCCAGUGGGAUUCACACCUCUGGGAUAUGCACUGUACACAGUCACACAGACUGCAGCACUUUUGAUGGAGUGCUCUUCCGCUUCAUGGCCUCCUGCACCUACACGCUGGCUAAGACCUGCUCACCCUCUGAGACUCUGCCAUUGUUCAGUGUGGAAGUAGUGAAUGAGCAAAACUGGAACUCAUCUCUGCCAACUGUUCAAGAGGUUAUUGUGGACAUGGGGAACUUCAGAGUGUCCCUGCUGAAAAGACAGACGCAUCGCAUUGUGGUUAAUGGUGUCUGGAAGAAGCUUCCACUGAGCCUUAACAAUGGCUCUGUCAAAGUCAAGAGCAACCCCGCUGCUGUUGUACUGGAAACCAGUUUUGGUCUCUCUGUCUCAUAUGACAACGCUGGUGCUGUCCAAGUCGCGCUGCCAUCCACUUACUCUGACCAAGUCUGUGGCUUGUGCGGAAACUAUAACCACCUCAGAGAAGAUGACUUCAGAAAGCCAGAUGGAACAAAUGCCCAUGAUGCUACAGGUUUGGCUGAGAGCUGGCGGACUGGGCAAAGCACUUCCUCCUGUGAUACCAUUCUGGUACCACAUCAGUGUGACCCGCUGGAGGAGGCAGAGUAUGCCAGUGAGCUGUACUGUGGGGGCCUCCUCUCCAGCACCGGGCCCUUUGCUGGCUGCCUAUCAGUUCUGGGGGCAGAGAGCUACUUCAGGGCCUGUGUGGUCGACAUGUGCUCUACCCACGGUGACACAGCGGUACUUUGUGAGACAUUCCAGAUUUACACCGAUAUCUGCCAGGAGGCUGGAGUCACCAUACCCACAUUGAGGAACUCUACACUAUGCCCCCUUCAGUGUGGUGAGAACAGCCACUAUAACUCAUGUGCUGAUGGCUGUCCCGAGAUGUGCUCCGGUUUGGAUGCAGUUGGCUCCUGUGGAAGCUGUGAGGAAAGAUGCGAGUGUGACUCUGGCUUUAAACUCAGUGGGGGAAAGUGUGUCGCAGCAGAGGACUGUGGGUGCUGGGAUAAUGGAAAACACUAUGAGAAAGGAGCAUCAUUCUCGAAAGGGGAGUGUGAGCAGCAGUGUCAGUGCGUGGGUACAAAUGAGGUGCAGUGCACCACAAUGCAAUGCUCAGACAAUGAAGUCUGUAAAGUCAAGGAUGGGGCCAAAGGCUGCUUUCCUUUCAAACCUGCCACCUGCAGCGUGUAUGGUGACCCACACUAUAUCACCUUUGAUGGGAUGGCAUAUGACUUUCAAGGGGGCUGCAGUUACACGCUGACUACCACGUGCGGAGGAGAAAGCUCAGUGCAGUUCACUGUGAUUGGACACAACAUGCAUCUUCCCCACACGAAUUUCACUCCAUCCAAGCUGGAAGCUGUGGAUCUCCAAGUUGACGAUGUAUACGUCACACUGAAUCAGAGCGGGGAGGUCUAUGUGAAUAAAAGCAGAGUCCGACUGCCCUAUUCCACCAAUGGAUCAUAUGGCUCAGUAUGGGUCUACAUGAAGAACAAUUAUAUCAUCUUGGAAACAACCUUUGGCCUCAGAAUUAUAAUAGACGCACAGAACAGACUCUUCCUCCAAGUUGAUGAACGCUACAAGUAUGAACUUUGCGGACUGUGUGGCACCUUCUCGGACCGUCAGGAGGAUGACUUUGUGACACCAGGAGGCCAAAAUGCAACUGGUCCAUUUGAGUUUGGUGACAGUUGGAAGGUGCCAGGCAAUAACGAGUGUAUUUCCCACCCAGAUGAUCCCAGACAAUGUGAUGUUGAUGAGGAGAAUGAGGCCUACAAUGAGUGCUACAUCCUACUAGGGGACGCUUUCAAGCCCUGCCAUGAAACCAUUCACCCAAGCAUCUACCUCAGCAAUUGUGUGUAUGACUUCUGUGCCACACGUGGUGACCGACACACACUAUGUGAAUCUCUUAAGUCCUAUGCAGCAGCAUGCCAUGUUGCAGGAGUGGAGCUACCUCAUUGGCAGACAGACACAGCCUGUGCUGAACUCACACCUACUACAACUCUUCCACCACCUUCAACUACUACUUCUACAACAGAUCAGACUUUCUGUCCCAUAAACUGUGACUUUGAAAAGAAUCUGUGUGGGUGGGAGCAGCUCAUGCAGGACAGUUUUGAUUGGACAAGACAUUCAGGACCCACACCAUCAAGCUUAACUGGCCCAAACCAAGACCACACCACUGGAGCUGGUUUCUACAUGUAUAUUGAAGGAAGUAGUGUAACCCAUGGAGAUUCAGCUCGUCUUUGGAGCUCAAUGUGCCAUUAUGAUGGACCACUCUGCCUGAACUUCUGGUACCAUAUGUAUGGUUCAGCCAAGGCCAUGGCCCUCAAUAUCUACCUGCUCAAAGACAAUAAAGCUACUGAACUCUGGUCCAUGAUGAACAACCAAGGUCCAGAAUGGCAUCUAGGAAAUGUUGAUAUCAGAGUGUCUGGUCCAUUCCAAAUUUUACUUGAGGGAAUUCGAGGCUCCGAUGCUCAAUCAGAUGUGGCCAUCGAUGACAUUUCCAUAAACUUUGGCUCAUGUUUAGGUAGUGUCCCUGGCCUGGUUAGUGGAACUGUGUUUCCCUCCUCAGCUGUGGAAGUCCUCCCCUCACACCCAGUCUGCAAUUUGGACUGUAGCUUCGAUAGCAGUCUUUGUAGCUGGAGUCAGAUGAUCACAGAUGCUUUUGACUGGACAUGGCAAAGUGGUUCCACCCCCACUCUGAUGACUGGGCCCUCUGCGGACCACACUGGUGAUGGUCGUUAUCUUUACAUCGAGGCCAGCAGCGUGACGCAUGGAGACACAGCUCGUCUCAUCAGCUCUGAGUGUUCUGACUCUGGUCCUCAGUGUUUGCAGUUCUGGUACCACAUGCACGGCUCAGCAGAUACAAUGGGCCUCCAUGUUUACCUGCUCCAGGACAGACUAGCAGAAGCUGUUUGGUGGAAGACUAAUGACCAGGGAAAUAUGUGGCAAAUGGCUCAGGUGGACAUCAGAACAACUGGAGCUUUCCAGAUUAUCAUUGAGGGACGUAGGGGCUCCAAUGAAGAGUCGGAUUCGGCAAUAGAUGAUGUAAAGCUUUAUCGUGGACGAUGCUCUGGUCUGAGUGGUGUUGAGUCAACAAGUCCUUCCAAACCUGAUGGAAGCACAGCUUCUCCAAGUGUCCCUGUGCCCUCCACUGCAGAUCCAGAGCCCCCUCAGGUCAAUGUAACUGCUCAGCCCUCUGAAGCAAAUGUUACCAUACCUCCCGUAGUGGCAGCAACAACCGACUUUAAUAAGGACAACGUUACUGAAGCUCCAGAUAACAGACACCCAGUAUGCCAACUCAACUGCAACUAUGAACAAGAUCUAUGUCAGUGGACCCAACUUGCUACUGAUGUUAUCGAUUGGACAAGGCAUAGUGGCUCCACCCCAACUAUAAUGACUGGGCCUUCUUCAGAUCACACUACGGGAGGUGGCCACUAUCUUUACAUCGAAGCCAACAGCGCGUCACAUGGUGACACAGCUCGUCUCAUUAGCUCUGAGUGUUCUGACUCUGGUCCUCAGUGUCUGCAGUUCUGGUACCACAUGUACGGCUCAGCAGAUACAAUGGGCCUCCAUGUUUACCUGCUCCAGGAUAGAUUAGCUGAUGCUGUUUGGUGGAAGAGAAAUAACCACGGAAAUAUGUGGCACCUGGCUCAGGUGGACUUGGUAACAUCUGGAGCUUUCCAGGUUAUAUUUGAGGGGCGAAUAGGUUCCAAUGAUCAGUCUGAUGUUGCCAUAGAUGAUGUAUCACUUCAUCGUGGACACUGCAGAGACCUAGCUCAACCAACAACCCCUGCUCCCACAACCUCCAACCCAGUUGCAACAGAAGGUAAAGAGCUUCCUCAAGAGAAUAACUCAACACAGCCACCAUCAACAACUACCUUCACAACAACAAUCCCCACAACAACAGUAGCUCCAACUGCUUCUGAUACACAAUCCCCUACAAAGCCAGACACAACAACAAGGCCACAGCUUUCAACAACCUCCAAACCAAUAGAAACUACCACAACUGGCCCUGAAACUACAGCUAGACCCCACCCACUGACAACAGAGCACCCAGGAGUUGAACCCUCAGAUCAACCAGAACCUGAAAUUGAAGAAAAACCUCAAACAACAGAAGGACAAGAGCAUCCUGUUACAUCUACUAAUGAACCCCACACUACAGAUAGACCACAACCACCAACUGAAACUCUACCACAGCCAGAAACAACAGGUAGUCCGCAGCCUACAACUACAGCUACACCACCAUCAACAACAACGGCAAGACCUCAACCACCAGUUACACCUGUACCAACACCCUCUUGUCCAGAGAACAGUCACUACACCACUUGUAUCCCUGCCUGCAGUCCAACCUGCACACACCUGAAUGGCCCACCACGUUGCACUGAAGAUGAGGGUUGUGUGCAGGGAUGUGUAUGUGAUGAAGGCUUUGUUCAGAAAAAGAGGGUUUGUGUGCCUAUCGAACAAUGUGGUUGUGUGGAAAGGAAUGGCACCAAAUAUGAUUUCUCUGAUGUGUGGUACACCAAUCACUGCAGUCAGAAAUGUGAAUGUGAGAAAGACCAUGGCGUGGGUCAGAUUGACUGCGAUGACAAAGAUGAGUGCGAUGGAAAUGCUGUUUGCCUUCAAAAUGAUGAGGGCAAUUAUUACUGCCAGUCUACAGGCUUCAGUGAGUGCACCAUCAAGGAAGACCCUGAAUACAGAUCAUUUGAUCAAAUGAAACACGACUUUGAGGGUGACCACUCGUAUGUGCUGGUCCGGACCAACAACUUGCCAAAUAACCUUCCACAUGUCUACAUCGAGGGUAUCAACACUGUAAACGAUGAGGAUGAUAGUCAUCAACAUGACGACAGCAGCAGUGAAGAAGACCACAGUCGCAGAGUUAGGGAUGAUGAUGAAGAUGACCAUGAUAAUGACCAUGAUAAUGACCAUGAUGAUGACCAUGACCAUGAUGAUGAUGAUGAUAGCAAACAUGAUCACUCAAGUGAAGAGCACAAGGAGAACCACAGCUUACAAGAGCUUAAGAUCAGAGUGUAUGAUCAUACUGUGGUAUUAAAGAAAAACCGGAGGCUGGUUGUGGAUGGAAGGAGAACUAAAACUCCCGCCUCACCGACUGCUGGUCUAAAAAUCUGGGAACAUUCUUCUCGCAUCUACCUGAAGACCGACUUCGGCCUCUCCGUGGAGUUUGACGGCCACGGCAGAGCAGAGAUCAUUCUACCCCGCAUAUACAAAAGGAAAGUUGGGGGUCUGUGUGGGAACUUUGACGGUAAAAAGGAGAAUGACAUGAUGAAGCCAGAUGGUACCAGGGCCAAGAACGUUCAAGAGUUUGGAGAGAGCUGGAGAGUGUGAAAAAUGGGUGGACGUCGGGAUGAGACAUACAAAAUACUCUGUGGAAAUGUUGACGACUAGUUGUAACAUCACUGUGGCAUUCACAAAAAAGCUCAACACUGAUGCACCCUUACCCUAAUAAAAACUUAAGAGUUAAGGAGAUUUCAGUUUUUCCUUAGACAGCAGGUCAUCUCCAAACCUAAGCUGACAAAACAUGACUUGGAACGAACAUAACCUGUGGCCAUGAAGACUUUAAAAGGACAUGGACUAUAAAAAUGUUAUACACACAAACUAUAUCAUAGUAAAAUAAGACAUGUCUGCUGCCUACACCGUUUUCUGGGAUUUUGCAUUGUUUCAAGAAUGUGAUGUCCAACUUUCAAGUCCAUUUUUUAAGAACUAACAAACUUUUAUGAAAUAUCUCACAUCUUUAAUUUUUUCAAGAAAUCAUUGUACUCCUUGUGAGAUAUAUCAGAUGUUGUCCGUUGUCAUUAGGGUAAAGUAUUUGUUAUGCAUGACAAUACAAUUAUGUAUCAAUAUCCAAUAUUGUUGGAAAGAAACUCUAUGUAACUUGUACCUGUUCAUAAAGUGUAUUUGAAUGACAAAUGAUUAAGUACUGUGGUUACAUUGGUGUAGCCAUUAGUCUCUAGACAUGUCAGUCUGAAGUGUAGCUAAAACUGCAUUCUUGACAUUUCUACAGUCUGUGUCUGAUAAUUACAGUAAGAAAAAAGUUUACACAACUUCUGUAACAUGAUAUAAUUCUGAAGACAAAGGCAGAUGUAUUCUCUGUGAAGACAAUAGGAUUAUUAUCAUCACGAGUGUACCUAUAAAUAAGCCGUUGUUACACUCAACAGCAACAGAGUCAUGGGUCGGUUUUCAUUUUGCUGCUUUGUCCUGUCGAGCUUGCUACCUCUCUGUAAUGGUGAGUAAAACAUAAUUUAAUAUUGAACAGUUUACCAAAGUAAUAUCGUGGUAUAAUUAUCUUAAUUUCCUUUUUUUCAGUUUCUUAUUGAUAGAAGAUUUAGAAUACACAGUUACAACAAUUGUUUUAAUCAUGACCUAGUUUUUUGUUGUUUGACCUGAUUGUAACGAGCCAAAUAAAUAAUCUAAAUGUACAU